UUUGAUUUGGUAUGUAAACGGUCUCCCCCUCACAAACUGUGUGUUUUUCAGAGGAUAUCUCGAGUGUUCUGCUUCUAUAACCACCCCUGCACCAACAAAGCAGCUAUGACAUCUAAAGGUGCAAAAGAGACCAUCGUCUCUAAGCUGGGUUUCAAAUCCAGCAGCUCUGCCUCUAGGGCCGAGGCGGAGCUGGAGAAACUCAGGAAGGAGAAUGGUCACCUCAAGAGGAAGAUCGAUGAACAGGCCAAACGACACCCCAAACCACCUGACUCGGACAAAAGCAAGCUGCUAGAGAGGAUUCUUUCCCUGGAGACGCUGCGAGAAAGAAACAGUCAACAGUUGCUGGUCAAAGAGCAAGAACUGGAAACUGUGAGACAGCAGCUGUCAGCUAAAGGAGGAGAGGUGGUGGCAUCACUGCAGGCCCAGCUGGAGCAGCGAAAAAAGGAUGCAGAGCAGAGAGACAUAUUGUUCCAGAGCUUGUCACAGGAGACAGAGAACCUGAAAAACCAGCUGGUGACUGUUUCUGCCCGGUGUCGGUCUGUGGAAACACAGGUGAAUGCACAGGUACCUACCGCAGACUUGGCUUUGGUGCAGGAUCAACUGAAAGAUGCUCUUGAGAAGAACCAGCAAUGGCUGAUGUACGAUCAGCAGAGAGAGGCCUACGUCCAGUCUGUCCUUGCCCGCAUACACGAUCUGGAGCAACAGCUGACCGAGGCAAAGGAGCAAACGAAACAAGAGGCCAGUUCAGACGGUAAGAAAAGGAAUACCUUGAAAGCACACUCCGAGCUGCAGUCUCAGAAGGAGCAGGUCAGCAGGCUCCAGGAGGAGAUGUCAGCACUGCAGAGGAAGUACGAGAGGAAGAACAGAGAGUUGGAGGAGGCCAGGAUGCACCUGCAAGCAGAGCAACUCAGCAAAAGAUAUGCAGUGGGUGAGGAGAGAAAGGUGUCAUCUGAGCAAGCAGACAGGAUGAAAGUUGAUCUGGAGAAUAUGGAUAUCAGACUGGAGGAGGAGAGGAAGAGAUCUGCUGAACUUCUGCUGCAGGUUAACAUGCUGCAGAAGUCUCUUCUGAGACAAAAUGAAGAACAGAGAAGGAUCGCGGCGCUGGAGCAACAGAUCAAACUCUCUGCCAAGGACUCUGAGAAUGAAAGGAUUGAUCGUCAAAGCAUGCAGCACCAAUUACAUAAAGUGUUGAAAGAGCUUCGCAAGGCCCGUGAUCAGAUUACUAAACUGGAGUCAUCUCGACAGACAAACACCCGUUUCUCAGAGCCCAGCUCCUACAAUCAGCUUGAGUUUGAGCGUCUUACUAUUGAUGACCCCCAUGGCCACACAUCCCCCUCUAAAGUCGCCAACCUCCUGGAUGAAAGUUUUCUUGAGUGCCCCAAGUGUCGGGCCCACUAUCCCACGAGCCGCCACAGGGAGCUCCUGGCACACAUUGACUACUGCUUUGCCUGAGUUGGUGUAAAACAGUGGUUCAACCUGAUUGCUUAUUUUUCAAACAUAUUUUUUAAUCUCUGAUCUUUUUCUUGUCAGUUACUGGAUAUUUUUAUCUCAGGCUUCUAAAAAUGAAAAAAAAAAUCUGGCUCUUUACAAAUGUAACUGGUGACAAUU